AGCAGGCUGCUAAGAACUCCGUUCUGAUCACACAGACCGUCACUAUUAACCCUGCGCUUCCUGUCCUCUUUUCCAACUACAUAUUCUCUUCUAGUAGACGUCUUGCUUGACUUGUCUGUGCUCUUUUUUGACGCUUACUUCGUUUUUAUAGUGUUUCUUAUUGAUCUGACGCCAGAAUGGCGUUUUUGGAGAAGCCGUCCCCGGGGAGGGUGCUACUGGAUGAUACGGUGGCCCUGACAGCACUGAUCGAAGCCAGUCAAAAUCUACAUUCGCACACGGAAUACAUCAUCAGAGUUCAGAGAGGGGUGUCUGUGGAAAACAGUUGGCAGGUGAUUAGAAGAUACAGUGACUUUGACAUGUUAAACACCAGUCUGUUGGUUUCUGGCAUCAGCCUGCCUUUACCACCCAAAAAGUUACUGGGUAACAUGGACAGGGAGUUCAUAGCAGAGAGACAGAGGGGACUACAGGCCUACCUGGACUUCAUUACCCAGCACCACAUUCUUGCCACCUGUGAGCUCGUCAAAAAGUUCCUAGACACAAACAACUACUCUGCCAACUACACAGAAAUCGCCUUACAGCAAGUGUCCAUGUUCUUCAGGUCUGACCUCAAGUGGGAGGUGCUUGAGCCUUUAAAAGACAUUGGCUGGAGGAUACGAAAGAAGUAUUUCUUAAUCAAAAACAAAGAGCAACCUAAAGAACGACAGGUGUUGAGUUGGGUUGACUUGGGUCCAGAUAAAUUCCUGUCAGACAAAGAUCUUCAGUCGACCAUGAAGCUGCUAACCUCUCUGUCUAAUCCAUACAUCCACCCAGUGACGUUUGCCAGCACCGGUGAGUCCUCGGCUCUUGUCAUCAGGAUGUUCAAUGAGAAGGGGUCUCUGAGGGAUCAGAUCAGUAAGGUGAAGCCCAAAGAAGCGUUUAUGAAGAAGUACAGCAACCCCAAGAAGACCCACGGUCUGGAACUGCAGCACAUCCGGAUGUAUGGAAGACAGAUUCUGGAGGUUCUUAAGUUCCUGCAUGACAAGGGCUUCCCUUAUGGACACCUUCAUGCAUCUAACGUAGUGAUAGAGGACAGCACAUGCAAACUGCUGGACAUUGAAAACAGUCUGCUGGGCCUGCCCUCCUACUACCGACCCUACAUCACACAGUUCAGGAAAAUCAACACUACAGAGAGCAUAGAUGUUUACUCGUUUGGUCACUUACUGUAUGAAAUGACGUACGGGAGACCACCUGAUGCUGUGCCUGUUGACCAGUAUCCCCCUAUACCUUACACCUCAGUGGUCUCUGUGCUGCAGUCCAUCCUGUCCACAGAGGCCUGUAAGACCGGAAUGCCCACUGUUGCACAGUUGAUGCAGACAUCACUGUUCAGUGAUGUGCUGCUCUCCCACUCAGAGAAACUCCAGUUUAAGAUCCCUGCCAAAUUGAGAGAUGCCUUGAAAACCGCCAAAGAGAGCUUGGAAAAGCGCCUCCAAGAAGAGCAGAAAAUGAAUCACCAGUACAGGAGGCUGACCAGAGCUCAAUCCCACCACGGCUCAGAAGAAGAAAAGAAGAAGAGGAAGAUACUGGCUAGAAAGAAGUCCAGACAGUCAGCCUAUGAGAACGAGGAGGAUCUCCCUGUUAAAUACAACAACAACUCUGCAGGUUCCGGGGCCAGCUCCCCCCCCACCUCGCCCUCAUCCCCCACCCCUCCACCCACAACAGGAGUUACACCUCCUUCACCUGGCCAGUCCCUGGCCCCUCCACCUCCUCCACCACCUCCUCCUGGAUCAGGCCCUCCUCUCCCUCCUCCUCAUGUUAAUGGUGUGGCCCGUGGUGCUCUGCUCAGCUCUAUCACGUCCUUCAGUAAAGGCAAACUGAAGAAAACAGAGACUGUUGACCGCAGUAUCCCACACAUCUGAAGAGUCCCUCAUCCUACCACCCCUGAUGGAGACCCACACAUCUGAAGAGUCCCUCAUCCUACCACCCCUGAUGGAGACCCACACAUCUGAAGAGUCCCUGAUCCUACCACCCCUGAUGGAGACCCACACAUCUGAGGAGUCCCUCAUCCUACCACCCCUGAUGGAGACCCACACAUCUGAGGAGUCCCUCAUCCUACCACCCCUGAUGGAGACCCACACAUCUGAGGAGUCCCUCAUCCUACCACCCCUGACGGAGACCCACACAUCUGAGGAGUCCCUCAUCCUACCACCCCUGACGGAGACCCACACAUCUGAAGAGUCCCUCAUCCUACCACCCCUGAUGGAGACCCACACAUCUGAAGAGUCCCUCAUCCUACCACCCCUGAUGGAGACCCACACAUCUGAGGAGUCCCUCAUCCUACCACCCCUGAUGGAGACUUGUCAACCUCUUCAAUCACCUUUGGGCUUGUUCUGUUUUUUCCUACAUUUCACCUGUUUGAUUGGUUAGGGCCUGGGGCUUGAGGCAGGGCACUGGGCCUCAAUCUUCAGUACAACAUGGCCCCUUGGCUGGUUCUCAAUUCAGCAGGGAAGUGGCUGGUCAGUCGGACUCUGCAGGUUCAGGUUCCUUAGGUUUCUGUCUGAAGAUGGCAGUAAAUGAAUCAGCACUUCUCUCAACUUUUUUUUCCUUUUUUUAUUCCACUUAUUUCUCAUACAGCAAAUUGACUUGAAUGGAACGUACAAGCAGCUGUGAGGGAAGUAAUGCUUCAUAAAGAAACUACAUGAAGUACACGUUGACUAAAGACUAAAGGGCCUGACCUCUGACCUGACUGAAGUGUCAUCCAGCUAGAGAGAGUUUUGCCACAGUGAGACCCUGUGAGAGGACUAUCAUUUUAUAUAUGAUAUGUUUAUUUUAUUUGAACAGUAUUACUUCUUAAAGGUGUUUAUUGUAUCCGUGUUGUGUUUUUAACUUUUGCGGUCUUUGAAUGUAUGGCAGAGGUGUGAUGCUUUUGAAUGGUCUGUGUUGCUUGGUCUGUGUCUCUCAUCUCUGUGCCUGAGUCCAUACAUGGCACUGUGCGUUCCAAAUUGCACCAUAUUUGUCCUUAUUCAGGAAACUGAAGAAGUGCACUUUAUAAGGGUUAGGGUGCUAUUUGGAACGCACUAACCAAAACGAGCAUGGAGGCUGCGAGGAUUAAUCCCUUUUCCCAUGGCCACUGCUGGAGAAAACAAGGACAACCGGAGAUGUCAGUCAUCACUCGGUAUGCAAAAUAUACCCAAAUUAUAAUAUUAUGACGUUAAUCAGUAACAGUAGAAUAUAGGAGGAUAAACAUCAAAGUAACACAUUUUAUGAAAUACCUUUUAAACUUUUUUUUUUUUUUUGCUUUCACAUGUUAUUGCCUCAAACAUUUAACAUUUUCAGUAGUGCAGUUAUCACCCACGGUAUAUUUCUCUUCCAAAAUAGCAAGAGCAAGUUGACGAAGGAUCUUUUAUUUUUUAUCUACUGCACUUUACCCAACCCAAGGGGAUCUGUCUCUUGUCAAUGACCCAGGUUCAGCCACCGAACUGGGAGCAGUUUACUGGGAGAAUGUAUUGUAAUGGAUUGUGGUUAAUGAGUUAACUAUCCCAUCUGAUUAAAUUGGUUAUUGAUCGUAAUGAUUACACUGACGGUCAUGCCUGAACACUGCUGCAGCAGUCCCUCUCAGAGACACUGAAGGUACUUCGUAAUGCCCCUGGAAAGCAAAGUUAAUGUCUCCAUUAAGGUAUUGAAUGUCGAUACAUCGGUACAUUCAGGACAAUCGUAUGCUGUGUUUGCCCAGGUAGCUCAAUGCAGGUUCAUCUUUACUCCACUAAUUGGGCUUUUUGUUUGAGAUUGGCUAAAGCGCAUUUAGGAGUAAUUUUCUUCAUUGGACUUUUGACCAGUCAGAUCGGGUUUUAUUGAGAAAUGCUCUAAAUAUUAGAACUGGACGGCCUGAGUAGACACAGCUAUAGAAAUUGAUAAUAUCUCUGCUUAUUGCUGUAAGGUAUUUAACUUGACCUUGAACUGCUGUCUGUAAUAAUAUCCUAAACAAUCUCCAUAUAAUUUGUGCCAAUUACACUUAUUUCUUUUUCUGUUUCUCUCCAGUUCUGGGUCUGAGUGAGGCUUUAUUUACUAUAACAUUAAAUUAGCAUUUAUACGGCAACCAUUCAAGGUGAAAACUGAGUAGUUUAUAUGUAAGUAAUAAGGCUUUUUAUGUCCGUCAUCACAGCCCUGCCAACCUUCUGAUUUGCACUGCUGAAUAUGGACUUUUCAACUGUAUAAUAUAGCGCCUUUUGGCAGUUAUAACAACAAAUUGACAGGAAAACAAAGGUAUUUUAUUAUGUAAAUUGACUGCACUUUAAGAUGAAAUUACUAAUAUUUUACAAAACCCUUUUUCAGAUUGGGGUUGGUAUGACGCCAUCUAUUGUCUGUCUGCUGCAUUAAAACAUUAAAAUUU